AUGAAAGAUACGGUUAGCCUAGAUGGUAUAAACAGAUGUAUUGACUCAAAUGAAAAAUGGAAAUGUCAUGAUGAUGUUGGAGGCUGUGGCUCGGAACUCAGUUUUUCCGAAUCCGUUGUUGGUUCAUGCUGUGAGAAGGCUGCUAUUAGGUUGCCACCAACUGAAAAAUUCGAAUUUGUUCUGAUUGUAAAUCGGAUCUAUGAACGAGCACGAAAAGAUGAAGACAUUGCAGAAGAGAAAGUUAAAGAUGCAAAGAAAGAAGUCGCGAAUGCAAAAAAAGUGCUUAAAUUUGCGGAAGAUAAAGAAAAUGAGGCAUGCAAAGAGCUAGAAAAAAAGAAAAUCUGGCGCAAAAAAGUUCAAAAGCGAUCCGUGCUCCUCACAAAACACGCUAUGAAGGAGGAGAACAGCGACCUUGAAUCGUCGGACGAAUUAGUUGAAGUUGACGGGGAAAAAGAAAACAAAAAGCUGAAAUGCAAGGUCUGCUUCGAACUCUUCGACGACGAGCACCGGGAAGCCGUCUUGACAACUUGCGGUCACAAAGCCUGCUUCAAAUGUCUCUCUUCUCUUCCUCAGAAGACAUGCCCAACCUGCCGUGCUGAUUUCACUGAAGACAAGAUUCUCAAGAUUUUUGACUGA